AUGAUUAAAAAAAGCCUGACUACACGGACAGUGAAAUAUCAGAUCGAGUGAAGUGCAAUUAUCUUCUAUAAUACUGCACCUUGUCUUUCCAGUGAUGAUGAAUUUCAGCAGGCAUUUUGGAAAUAAUAUGACAGUCAUUUUGAGCUAUGGGAUAAUAUCAUUGCUUCUCUUUGGCUGUCAGGCAAGUGACUAAAUCAGCAGCUGCACAAUUCCUGUCUCAAUUUUAUCGUGCCAUCGAUCAGCAAACAGAAGUGUUUAGGAAGUGGAUGCUGAACAAAGAGUGUUGUGAAAAAAUCUGUUCCAGGGAAGAGGCUCGAGAGAUUUUUGAAGAUGAUGAGAAAACCGAAAUAUUCUGGGACUAUUACAUUCAUGGAAAGAAUCCAAAACUAGUAACCAUUCUGAAUAAUGCAACAGAAAUUCUGGAAGACCAAAUGGAAAUUAAUGAACUUAGAAAGGAGCUCACUGGAAAGAAGCAAGAAAUCCGUGACUUAGAAGAUCAACUUUUAGCAAAGUUAGAAAGUUGUGUUGAUGGUGAAUAAUAGGAAGGGCAUUUUCUUUUCCCUGUUAUAUUAUUUUAAGGCUGAAUCAAUUUAUUAAGGCAAUGUUAAAUUUGUAAAAAGCUUUAUAAUCAAUAAAAUUGAGGUAUGAAUGAUAAAUAUAAUAAAAGGAAUGGAUUUGGGCUUGUUUCAUUUGUCUUUUUGGAAGCUAUAUCCUCAAAUGUUGGUGCAGUUUGAAUAUAAUACUUCAUUGAUGAACUGUUAGAAGAUUCUAUAUUGUUGGAUUUACAAAAAAAUUCAAUCACUAAAUUAGGUUUUGCUCACAUUUUUAUUUCAAGAGUUCCAGUUUAAAUGUAAUA